GGGCGGUGGGUGGGUAAGUGCCGCCGCCGCCGCUUGCUUCAGCCCGGGUGGCUGGCAGGUGAGCUGCGGCAACCACCGAGGUGAGCCGCGGCGAUCGCUCCCCUGGAAACCCAGCGAAAGGCUUUGCGGAGCGGACCGUCUGGCUGGGAAAAGUUCUUUCCAGAAAUCCAUGUGGCCAAGAUCUCCACCUUGGAUUCUUCAUAAGAACUUUUCAGUCCUGAUGGCUUAUACUACCAUCUAAUAACCUAAAAAGCCAGGAUUCGACUAUGGGUGAUUCUACAGCUGAGAUUGUUGGCCAAGCCACAGACAUGGAUUGCAAAGAGGCUCAGAUGGAGCUUGCCGAGAGAGUAGCUGCCAUCAGUGUAACUGUUGGUCCCAAUGGAAUUAAACCAAACUGUCAGGAAGCAAUAGAAGAAAGUGUUAUUCUGUUAUCUAAUUGCACAACUGAAAACAACCAGAGGAAUGGGGUCAGUGUUGAUUCAGGCACCUCCGAAGAACUGGAUGGCACCAAUGAGUUGCAUGAACCAAAGAAGAUCUCCAAAAGGCCCAUUUUGACUGGCAGGAAGUAUUCCCUUCAAGAAAAGACUACUGGGAAUUACUUGAGUUCCUCUGACCUUCCGGACUUUGGUCCAUAUGCCACAGGACCCUCCACGCAUAUUUCACCACGAACAGGGAGGAGGCCGACAAUAGAGUCCCACCGAGUCUCCAUCUCGGAUGCUGCGGAUUGUGUGCAGCUGAAUCAAUACAAACUGAAAAGUGAAAUAGGAAAGGGUUCUUAUGGAGUUGUGAAGCUGGCCUACAAUGAAAAUGAUGAUCAAUAUUAUGCCAUGAAAGUCCUCUCAAAGAAGAAGUUGUUAAAACAGUAUGGAUUUCCACGCCGGCCUCCACCUCGGGGAUCAAAAACCACUGCAAGUGGACAGAUGAAGCCAAUGGCCCCUCUAGAUCGGAUAUAUCAAGAAAUAGCAAUUUUGAAGAAGUUGGACCAUAUCAACAUUGUCAAGCUGAUUGAGGUACUGGAUGAUCCUGCAGAGGACAACCUGUACAUGGCAUUCGAUCUCCUCCCAAAGGGCCCUGCAGUAGUCGUUCCAUCAGACCCAUUUGGGGACAAGGUUUCCCAAGUUACAAUAUAUGAAAUGAACAUUAUUUGGGGGGUGAGUUACUUGCAUUAUCAGAAGAUCAUUCACCGAGACAUCAAACCAUCAAACUUGCUCUUGGGGGAUGAUGGACAUGUCAAAAUUGCUGAUUUUGGAGUGAGCAAUCAGUUUGAAGGCAGUGAUGCCCAGCUCUCCAGCACUGCUGGGACCCCAGCCUUCAUGGCCCCUGAAACUAUUUCAGAUUCUGGAAAGAGCUUCAGCGGAAAGGCUCUAGAUGUCUGGGCAAUGGGCAUCACUCUCUUUUGUUUUGUAUAUGGGAAGUGUCCUUUCAUUGAUGAAUUCAUCCUGGCGCUUCACAACAAGAUCAAAAACAAGCCUGUGGAAUUUCCAGAAGAGAUCAAGAUCAGUGAGGAACUAAAGGAUCUGAUCCUGAAGAUGCUGGAAAAGAACCCUGAAUUGAGGAUAACUGUUCCUGAAAUUAAAGAACAUCCAUGGGUCACAAAAUACGGCAAGUACCCUCUUCCUUUAGAGGAGGACCAUUGCACCAUAAUAGAAGUAACUGAAGAGGAAGUGAAGAACUCAGUCAAGACAAUUCCUAGUUUACCUGCUGUGAUUUUAGUGAAGGCCAUGCUGAGGAAACGGUCAUUUGCCAACCCGUAUGAGACCCAAACGAGGCGAGAGGAACGAUCUAUGUCAGCUCCAGGGGAUUUACUAAUGCACGGUUUUCAGUUAAGCCCCUCUGUGUAUUUGCAUCCAGCUUUAAGAAACCAAGGAAGCCGGGAAGGGCUUAAAGACCCAGAACUGCCUGAUGUGAAUGAAGAUGAGACAACUUCUUGAAACCCCUCCAAUCACACCGACUGAUCAUCCAGCUAGAGCUGCUGCUGUAACUAUUGUAAUCGGUGGUGUUGUCUUGCACGCCAUGCUGUUCUCAUCAACCGGGGUUUGUGAUCUGUGGGAGAGAAAGAAGACAUAAGUACAACGCUAAGAACUAAAGCAGCAAACCCCAACCCAAGAAACGGUACACCGAAUAGCUAAUUCUUCAUACAACCUGCUGCCUGCAUUUUUUCCCCCCACGAUAUAAGACAUUUUGAUGUUGUAAAACUUGAUAUGUGCCUCUUCCAGCUGUAUUUCAAUGUUGUGGUAAUGUGUUUGGUCAAUUUUGCUGAAUGUUCCUUUGCUAGGAACUGCUCAGUUAAAAGUUCUAUUCCAGCUCUUAAUUUAGGCAUGAGCUAUUAAGCAAUGGCAAGCCCAGGUUGUUAUUCCACACAUUAGAAACCUUUUCACCUCUCUGUAACUGCUGUCUCAAGGAAGGAUGCCGUAACUUUGGCUUGUUUUGAAAUACAACACAACAAUACAGUAGCCCUGCGGUAAGUAUUCAACUCAUUUUGCUUCGGCAUGUUUCUUAAGUUAUGCAUGGCUGUAUACGUUGGAACAUGCCCAGUGAGGUUGCUAAAAACUAGAAAGGCUUUUGGAUUUCUCCUCCUUUAGGUAUUUCCCCCAAUUCUGAAUUGUCUGUUCAUUUCCAGAAAGACAUUCAAAUUAAGAGAGCUAAGAUGACAGUUUCCCCUGGUCUUCCUUCCUUUUUGCACAUGGAAAAGGGCUAAAGCUCAGUGGGAGGGUAUAGUUUUCUGCAUGCUUUUGGAUCCAAUUCCUGGAUCCAUCUUCUUAUGGGACUGAGAAGGCCUCUUCAGUGAGAUGAUGAAUGCUGCUGCUGGCCAGAACUGACAGUGCUCUGCCAGAUGAUUCAUGGUUGGACUCAUAAGUCCAUAAGUUAGACUCAUAUGUUCCUUUUGAAUGAUAUCCAAAAAACCAAAUCUGACAUUAUGUAAGUAGUGGCUAUGCCGUGUGAGAAUUCUGCUCCUAGACGACAGAUUCCAUAUUCUCAUAGAAUUGGGUAUGUUUGGAUUAUUGAGCUAACUUAUUUCUGCGGCAGCCACUGUAAAGGAAAAGUUGCAAAAUUUCAAUUUUCAGGUAUGAGAUAACUUGGAGCUCUGGGGAUUGAGGAAAACAACAUUGUUUUUCCCAUUUAUUCCUGAUUCUUCUUACCGCCCUCCAUCUGAACUCAAAGCUCUUAUGAUAGAUUUCACUGGCUGUCCUGUCAGUAAACUUCACCUUCAUCUUUCUAGUCUAAAUAUUUAGAAGACAUUGCAGAGGAAAAAUGGUACAUGGGCCAUAAGUUUAUUUUGUGGAAUUGUUUAUCAGCAUACAGGAGCCUCAUUGUAACAUCAUACAAAAAGAAUUUUGAUUCAGUCAUCCACGUAAUCAGGAUCAAAAUUAAUGGGAUGUAGAUGAGUACAUCUGUUCUAGUGGCAUAAUUAAUUGUAGAAAUGUUCAUUAAACCAGAUUCGUUCAUUCCUGUAGAUUGAAAUAAACACACAGGAUAUACAGUACAUAUAACAGGCCAUUGCAAAGUGUCAAAUUUAAUAACUGGAAUGCAUUUCUCAAAAGUUUGCCUACAGCUAUGAAUCUCAAGGUAGAAAACAUUUCCAAGGCCAUUUUCAUGUCAGAGGGCCUGUUCUUUCAGCAGAUAGUUGCCUUCCUGCCUUGAUUUGUAUAGUCUCAAAGAAUCUGUCACUGGUUUUAGAUUGAUCUGCCAAUAGACACAAUGAGAGCCAAAUGUGGAAAAGGAUAACACUUCCCACAUCCAGGUUACAUUUACAGUAUGUUCCCAUCAGAAUUUUUUUUCAGAAUAAUAGAGUUGGAAGGGACCUUGGAGCUCUUCUAGUCCAACCCCCUGCUCAGGCAGGAAACCGUACACCAUUUCAGACAAAUGGUUGUCCAAUCGUUGUUCCUCCAACAAUUUUAGUCCGUCACUUGAUUAAGAGCAGACUUCUGCAUUCUGCAUUGUGAGUCUAUAAAGAUACUUAUUCAGAAUCAGACGCAUUAGGACUUUAAAGUAUCCAGGGAAAUAAGUGGUGAGGAAUUUCAUCUCUACCUGUUAUCAGGAUGUUGUACCUGGGUUCUACCAAAGGGAUGAGCAACCUGCACUGGUGUUUAAGUUCUCAUUUUCACCAGAAUAAUCUGGGCUGGAUUCAUACCAAGUUGACUGAGACUAAAGAGGUUGGGAUAGAACUAAAAAUGAUGAUGCCACUAAUUCUUUCACUUUUUCACAUCUCCAACCCCCCACCCCCCAAUCUCUUGUUUUACACCCAAUUUUCUCACUCUUCCUCCUUAUAUUGAAAUGGGGAGGAAUUUAUUACCCUAACCAGCAUCCAAGCUGACUGUUUACAAAGAGAAUUUGAACUUCUAAACAAGGGCUUUAUGAAAUUAUGACAAAGACUACAUGUGACAUAAGGGCUAUUGGUUGCCCAGACUAUUUUACUAAGUCUGGAAUUGUUUUCUCAGAUGUGUUUAACCUGGUAACCAAGUUAAUCCAUUUUGAGGUUUGCACAGCUCAUGAAUUAUGAACUAACAGAACAGACUGGGUUCUAUUAAAAAAAUAAACAAACCUCAGCAUAUUGUGUGAAUGCACCAUUAGGUUUAAUUAACUAGGUUACAUGUACAUGUGAACACAGCUCAGCAUUUUUUGUUAUGUACAAAGCAAAAAACAUUGAAGACCUUCCAAACCAGUUAAAUUGCUUCUUUAUAAUUCUGCCAAUCUAAUCUCUCUCUGAGAUUUACACUCAACAUAUCACAGCUUUUAUAAUGAUAAACUUAAAGCUUGGAUAUAUUUAGAAUUGGCCUCCAAAUGUAAGAAAAUAAUGGCAGGGACUUACAAAAAGGAGAGCAGAUUCUGACCUGUUUCUGGGGCAUGUGCUUCAAUGUGUAGAAAUCCAGGUCAUUUUGAGAUAAUCCUAUUUUUAUAUGUAUGACUGAUGCUUAAAUUAAGGCAUGGAAAGAUGGCCUUUCAUUUAUAAGUCCGUCUCUUAUUCUCAUCAGCAAAUUCAGAAUUUUUUUUCAUUAUGUUUAAUAUUUUAAGGCAUUAUGAUAGGCAUUUGGGUCUGUGUACUUAGAUAAGAAAAGCAUGACAAAAUUUGGAGAUGUUCAAAAACCAAGUCUUUCUAUAGUCCCACUUAUUUGUCUAGCAACUAUGGUUAAUUUGGUAAGAAUUUGUAAUUUCAAAAUGAUGUCUUCGGGUAUUCCUGUAAAAAAAAAAUCACAUGUUCCCAAAAUGUAUUCCAUUAUUAUGUAAAUUUUAUGAAGCAGUCGCUGUCCUUUCCCUUCCCCUCCCACAUUAAAGUUGAUUUUAACAGUUAUUCAAAUACAUAGCAAAUCAU